AUGAAAAAAUCGGAUUUCGAAGGCUUUGAAGUUAGUGUGGAGAAGAAGCCGUGUGGAGCUCCUGAUUUCGAGAAGGAGCUGCCAGAGUUCAUUCUUACGCGCGAUAGUGGCGAGCUAUCCGAAAACUUGGUUUUGUUGAAGGCAGACUGA